AUGGCGCCCAACGCGGCGGCGACGGAUGCGCUAGUGCCAGGCGCAGCAACGCCCGACGCGGUGGCCCCUGAGGCCCCGGCUAUGGCGGCAGUCGCGCCGACACCGGGCUUGGCGAUGGCGAGCACAGCGGCAGCGGGCGCGGCAACGGCGAGCACCUCGGUACCCGAGGUCCCGACGUCUGUGCCGGAUAUCCCCUCCCCCAGCUCCCAACCUGCAGCAAAGGAAGAGCUGGAGGUGGUCUCUGGUAGGCGGCUCUUGCAGGAUCCCACAGAGGAGGAUGCAAUUCCCCUUCCCCGGGUGUUGGUCCGGGUCCGGCUGACGAUAGAAGAGGCGACCUCUACCACCGAGGCGGCAUUCCGGCGGGAAUGGGCGGCUCUAGAGAGCGAGCGUCAGCGCCUCGGUGACUAG